UUCUGGGUAACAGAAGGGCGCUGGCCGGAAGAAUAUUUCCAAGCGGGCCCAGGUAUGGACCCAAGUAUGGAACACUUGCUUGCAAGGAAGAAAUCAAGCCGUUCCAGCAGCCGUACGCGGUCCAGUUCCGCUUCGUCCCAAACUCCCAGCGAUCAGAAGCCAAGGGAGGAGAAGAGCGCCCCAUACCGGGAUCCACGGUAUGAGACUCUGCUCAACACCAAAGGAGUGUUCUUGGACACUUGUGACCUGGACAUUGCGGUUGAAAGCAAGAAUAUACCCGAAACCCUUUUGCAAGGCAACCAGACAGUCCCUGAGUCAACCAUAUUUGGUGAGCAUCAAUUUGAGUAUGCUUGCCGAAACUUGCAGGGCAGAAACGAGGCCAGGAUUAUCCAGGAUAUAUCACGACUCCUUGUUCCUUCCGCGGAGACGUUUGCUAUGCUUGGCUCAAAACACCUUGAGAAGGUUAUUGAGAGCGUUAAUGAGGGCUGGAACAACUGUAUUCCCCUGACCGGAACUCGCCCGCAGCCCGACUACUCCGUGGGAUUCAGGCGCGAGGCCUUCUCGAAUGAGCAGCUAGACAAGCUUUCCCCCUUCAUCGGCAACUGGCUCUCCGGGGACCUGUCCUUCUUCAUGGCUACAUACUAUAUGUACUUCCCCUUUUUGUCGUGUGAGGUUAAGUGCGGCGCAGCCGCGCUUGAUGUCGCCGACCGCCAGAAUGCCCAUAGUAUGGCCGUCGCAGUGCGGGCUAUCGUUGAGCUAUUUCGCCUCGUGAAGCGGGAGGGUGAGCUUCAACGUCAGAUCCUCAGCUUCUCCGUCUCCCAUGAUCACCGGAUGGUACGGAUUUACGGCUACUACCCGGUGAUCGACGGUAAAGAUACCAAGUAUUACCGACAUCCAAUCUACACAUUCGACUUCACAACACUGAACGGUAAAGAGAAGUGGACGGCAUAUCAUUUCACCAAAAACGUCUACGACAAUUGGAUGCCAUCGCAUUUCAAGAAAAUCUGCUCCGCUGUCGACCAGUUACCAUCUCACUUGGACUUCGGUGUGGACCCGCUUGCCGAGACGGGGCUUUCACAGGAGCUGGAAAGUCUGUCGACAGCAGCGUCCAGCGACAUUCCGCUGAAUCCAGCUGAACAGCAGGUUGCUACUCCGGACAGCUCCCUCUGUGGGGUGGGCGCGGCAAAACGACCGAAGAAGGAUGUUUGUGGCAUAGCUUCAGAUUGCAGCAGAUCCGUGACAGUGAAUCACUGUGCCUCAUGUUUGAACCAGAUCAAUGCUCAUCCAGCCUCAUUCAAUAUAUUUGCUUCCCGUCCCCUACGAUGA